AUGGCCGCUAGUCUUGAUCCAUCUUCUCCUGCUGAUGCUAGUUCGGAUCUGGCAGGUCUUCCUCUUCAUAUUGGCCCCUCGUCAGCUCCUGUGCAAUUAGUGCGAAGAGUAAGCAACUUGCCAUACACCCGACAAUACUGCCGCACUAGCAAGCCCAAGGUUCGCAGUGGUUGCCGAACCUGCAAGAAACGGCGUGUCAAGUGUGACGAGGGUAAACCAACCUGCGCUCGUUGUGCCAAUGGCGAUUUUGUCUGCGACGGUUACGAAACAGCCCUACCUACUGUACUAUGGGCACCCGUCCAAACACCGCAUAGAAACCACCCAUCUCCAUCUCUCGUCCCACCAGUCAUCCCAGGCCUCACCAGCCAGAGCGUUCCAUAUCUGGAUGCAUUUCGUAACCAGAUUGCUCCAGAACUUUCCGGAAGCUUGUACAUGGACUUUUGCCAGGGGUCAAUUCUCGUUGGCGCGCACCAAGAUGGCUCAAUUCGUCAGUUAGCUUUGUCCCUUGGUGCUUUGACUUUGGCCAUCGCGGAUGACGCCCGUGAAACGAAGCAGCACAUCGUCGAUGCAAGACCCUCGUCGCUUAGACCUUGGGGUUUCACGACAAUCAAGAAUGGGAACCAUGCUGCUUCACUCAAGCAUUACAUGAAGGGCGUUUCUAGUCUGCGGGAUCGUCUCCGGGUCGACCCAGCACGCGUUCCUGUACGGACAAUUCUCAUCACUACUAUUCUCAUGGCCCUGUAUGAGAUACUGCAAGGAAACUACAAGUCAGUGGAUACCAUGUUGAGGACAAUUACAAAUCUUCUGCAUCAUCAUCAUGACAACCCUAUGCAAGAUGGCUCUGUUGAGGAGCUUGUCUCAAUUCAGCAUACGUUUACAUGUUUUUCUAUAAUGAGCCAAUAUUCGCGAAAAUUUACAUCUCCGUGGCCUACCUUCAUGUCUAUGAAGACCGCCUCGGAUAUAGAGCCCCCAACCUUUGGCGUGGAUUUGCCCACGACGAUCCUUGCAAGAUGGAGAUUUUUCAACAGCGGCGCCUUGGCCUAUAUAGGUCAAGCUCAUGGCGUUGCCAUGUCAAAAAACCCAGUUCUCACAGCGUUUUUCGAGCAUCAAGGCCAGAUUCUACGUAGCCAAGCUGGGAUGUGGGCACAGACCAUCGAGGCCUAUCUGGAGGACGACCCGGUCAGUAUAUUGGACAAUUGUGUUGAGUGGUUGAAGAAACAAGUCCAGCGUGGGUUGCCUCGUCAUAUCAUCUUGGGUGAGGGAAUAAUUAUGCCUCUUCUAGCAGUCGCUCGCCUUUGUAGGAUUCAUGAUGUUCGGAUGGAUGCGUUACAUAUCGCGCAGAGGAUCAAAUGGCAAGAAGGCGCCUGGGAUGCGCAGUUUCUCGCCCAGGGUGAGCUGGGAGUUGUGGUGAUGGAGGAAACAGAGAAGGAAGAGGGCGUUAAAAGAGACAUGCCAGUUGGAACGUACAAUCAAAGUACCUCGUGA